CUUGGUCGGAAUGUUCCCCAAUUGGUUGCUUCAGAAUAACUCAAAGUUAGAAGUUAUCAAUUUAAUGAAGAACUCGUUCCAGGGAACCCUGCAGUUGCCCAAUUCUAAGCAUGAUUUGAUUACGCUGAAGAUUGCUGACAAUAGAUUUUCAGGUCAUCUCCCAAAGAAUGUUGCUAUGAUCCUUCCGAAACUAUCCUACAUAGAUAUGUCGAUGAAUAGUUUUGAAGGAAGCAUUCCUUCUUCAAUGGGAGACAUGAACAGUCUAUGGUUUCUGGAUUUGUCUGCUAAUAAUUUUUCAGGAGAAUUACCAAGAAGUCUCUCAAAAAAUUGCAUCAAUUUGAGAUUCUUGAAGCUAUCAAAUAACAACUUUCAUGGGGAAAUUUUUCCCAUAUAUAUGAACUUGACUAGGUUGGUGCACUUAUAUUUGAAUGACAACUUUUUCAGUGGGAAGAUAGGAGACAAGCUGACAAACAUCACUCAUUUAGAACUCCUAGACAUUUCCAACAACAAUCUAUCGGGUGGAAUUCCUGAUUGGAUAGGUAACAUCUCCUCUCUAACUAGCAUUUCAAUGUCAAAAAACCUCCUCAAAGGUAGCAUCCCGGACCAACUCUGCAGUUUGAAAAACCCUAAAGUUUUAGACCUCUCUGAAAACAGAUUUUCUGGGUCUUUAUCCUGUUUGCUUAAUAUCUCGUCCUUGCGAUUCUUGUAUUUGCAAAGGAAUGGUCUCAGCGGGUUACUUUCUAAUGCUUUACUAAGUGAAAGCUCUCGUUUGAGUACACUUGAUUUGAGAGAAAACAAACUUUCAGGAAGCAUUCCACCAUGGAUUAAUACACUUUCAAAGCUGCGCAUUCUUCUAUUAGCAGGGAAUCAUUUAGAGGGUCAAAUCCCUAACCAUUUAUGUCAAAUGCAAGUUUAUAUCAUGGAUCUUUCACGAAACCGGCUUUAUGGGUCCAUACCUUCAUGCUUUGCCAAUAUAUCUUUUGGGAUGGCAGCAGGUGAAUCUUCCUUUGUUACCAGUUUGAUCAGGUUCAAUGCAAUUAUCAGCCUUAGUUCUUAUUAUAGUUCCAAUCUUGAACUGAACUCAGACACUAGUGGUUCUCAGAGGCCAUAUAGACAAGCAGAAGCAGAAUUUACAACGAAAUAUAGACACAAUUCUUACCAGGGUGACAUUCUUCACUACAUGUUUGGAUUGGAUUUGUCAUGCAAUGAAUUAAGUGGUGACAUUCCAGCACAAGUUGGAGAGCUAAAGAAUCUUCGUGCGUUGAAUCUCUCACAUAAUAAGUUUUCCGGAUCUAUACCUGUGAGCUUUUCUAGCCUCAAACAAAUAGAAAGUCUAGACCUUUCAAGCAACAACUUGAGUGGCCAAAUUCCUUCUCAAUUGACCGAGCUACAUUUUUUAUCCAUAUUCAAUGUGUCAUACAACAACUUGUCCGGGAUGACCCCUGAUAAAGGUCAGUUUUCAACAUUUGAUAGGAGCAGUUAUGAAGGUAAUCCUAGUCUUUGUGGAUCCCUCAUUGAGAAGAGUUGCAACAGCUCGGAAGUGCCCCCAACAACAGUGCCCUUUGAUGGAGAAGAGAAUGACACUAUGGUCGAUACGGUGGCAUUUGGUUGGACUUUUUCUGCUUCAUAUGCUAUGGUACUAUUGGCAUUAGCCGCAGUCCUCUGCAUCAAUCCUCACUGGCGUUAUCUCUGGUUUAAUUCCGUUGAUUGGAUCAUUUAUUUAUGCUUCAAAAUGUUUAGUUAAAUGUAGCAUUCUCUUGGUGGUCUUGCCAAGCCUAAAUAACAUUAAGUGGACAUUCUUACUUACAUUUCA